AACAAAUCAACUAGGUCAACUACUUCAAAUCAUUGCUUUUCUAUCAAACAGAGGAAAACGCACACACACACAAAAAGAGAGAAGCUAGAGAUGAAGACAUGUUUUAGUAUUUUUGCCUUGUUUUUCUUCGUCCAAAUAUUGAGUUCCAAAGUAGAUUGUCAAGUGACAGAUUCAUGUAAUUCCAAUCUUAACCUCAAAAACAAACCUCUCUUUGAUACUUCUUCUUUUCAUUGUGUUUCAGUAUGGGCUGCACAAAACUAUAUCCUAAGAUAUAUGCAAACGGAUACAAAAGUAUGGAGCUUUGUACUAUCAGCACCCAAUUCCAAUUCAUUCAUAGGGAUGGGAUUUUCACCAGACGGGAAAAUGGUGGGGUCCAGUGCGAUUGUAGGUUGGGUGAGCACCGACGGAUCUUCCACCGUGAAAAGAUAUUUUCUGGGCGGACAAUCGCCGGAGCAAGUUGUGCCCGAUCAGGGAAAUCUUCAACUUAUGAAUGUGACAUCCUCUAUUAUAGCUGAAAAUUCAAGGAUUUAUAUGGUUUUUCAAUUGAACACUGAAAUGCCCAGUAAUCGCUUAAUUUACUCACUUGGCCCUAAUGGACGGCUGCCUUCCCCCGUCAACUACCAGUUGUCCCAACAUCGGGAACAUACCUCCACCUUCCUCGAUUAUACCUCUGGUAAAAGCGAAUCAAAGACCCCUUAUGCAAAUCUGAGGAGAAGUCAUGGACUCCUAAACAUGUUUAGCUGGGGUAUUGUGAUACCAAUAGGGGCAAUGGUUGCUAGAUACUUGAGGCAAUAUGAUCCAAUAUGGUUUUACUCUCACAUCACCAUUCAAUCACUUGGCUUUCUCCUUGGAUUUGCGGGUAUUAUAUGUGGUUUUGUUCUCGAAGAUCGUCUUAGUGUUAAUGUUGAUAGACACAAAGCCCUUGGCAUCUUCAUUCUUGUUCUUGGUUGCUUGCAGGUUAUUGCAUUUUUGGCUCGACCAGGCAAGGAGUCGAAAGUGAGAAAAUAUUGGAAUUGGUACCAUUACACACUGGGAAGGGUUCUGAUAAUUUUGGCAGCAGUAAAUAUUUUCUAUGGAAUCCAUUUAGGAGAUGCAGGGACUGCUUGGAAUGUUGGUUUUGCUGUUACUCUAUUUGUAUUGUUCACCUCUGCUGCCAUUCUUGAGAUUAGAAUGUGGAUGACCACAAAAUAGAAAUCUUCUCUACGUCAUCCAUUCAUGUAAUAUGAGCAUUUUGCUUUAUAUUUUUCUUCAUAUUUCUUCCAAAUAUCAUAAAUUCUUUUACAGUUCAACCAAA